AUGGCAUCGACCCUUCAGAUCAAUAGACUGCACCCGACUUUCGGCGCCGAGAUCGAGGGGAUCGACUUCUCCAACCCGAUAAGUGAUGAGCAGCUGACAGAGAUCAAGGACACCAUCGCUCAGUUGACCGAUCAAAGUAACCUUGAGGUCGACGGGACGCUGCUCGAUCCCAACAGCAUGAAGGCACUGUCCAACAAGGGAAACGAGCUCUUCCACGUGGACGGUAGCUACAACGUGAGACGGACGAGGUUCUCUCUUCUUCGGGCUUACGAGAUUCCGCCCUUGGAGGCUGGCGGCAAUACAGAAUUUGCCGAUACAAGGACAGCCUUCUCCGAGCUUGAUGACUCCUGGAGGAAUGAGCUGAUAAGCAAGGACUACGUGACCAGGCAUUCGUUCUGGCACAGUCGCAAGACCGCAUCGCCUGAGGCCUUUGCAAAGCUCGAUCCGGACCGAUACCCUUUCUCGAGGCACAAGCUGCUUCAGCUUCAUAAGCCCAGCGGUCGCAUGAACCUGUACAUCCCGUCUCAUAUUCGAAGGAUUGAAGGACUGCCUGAGGAAGGGUCAGCAGAGAAGUUGGCGUUCUUGAGGAAGCACGCCACGCAGGAGAAGUACACCCUUAGCAUCAGAUGGCUGAACGUGGGCGACUUAGUUGUGUGGGACAACACAUGCACGCUGCAUCGGGCUACGGGGCUCAAGGGCGCAUUUAGAAGAGACAUGAGACGUUGUGGUGUCUUCGAUGAUGGCACCGAAGCUUAUGGACUGAACCCACAUGACGAUGAUUUGAAUUUUGCAUUCAGCAAAGAGGUGAUGCUGGACAUUGUGCAGUCACUGACGUCCUAA